GAGCUGCAUGAGAGGAUGAAGAGACAGGCCUUGGCAGAGUUUGAGAGUUACCGCCAGAGGGUAGAAGACAUGCAGCUCUGUACUGAGGCCCAGCACACGCAGCGUGUCGUUUCCAUGUCAAAGGAGGUAGAGGAGAUGCGGCGGUCCUUUGAGGAGAAGCUGCGUACGUUCAGCCAGGCCCAGACCCAGUUCGAGCAGGAGAAGAGGGUGGCCCUGGAGGAGCUGAAGGCCCAACACAGACAGGAGAUCCAGGAACUGCUCCGUAGCCACCAGAGCCAGAACGCGAACUACAGCAAAGAUCAGGAGAAACUGGGACAGCUCCACAAGGCUGAGGUGGAUUCCCUGACAGAGCGAGUGGAGGAGCUUAAACAGGAUAAGAAGAGACUGGUGGAGGAGUACGAAGCCAAACUCAGCAAGGCACAGGCGUUCUAUGAGCGCGAGCUGGAAGCCAUGAAGAGGACCCAGCAGCUGACUGCCGACAACCUGCUGGCGUGGAAACGCACCGAAGCAGAGCUGCGGAGGGAGUUUCAGACUCAGGAGGCGGCGCUCCAGAAGACCCUUGGGAAACUGAGGGCUGAGCUGGCCCGGGUAACAGACGAGGCCCGUGAGAACCGGGAGAAGUCCCACAAGCUGCAGGCCUCGCUCACCGCCACCGAGAGCACCAUCAAGGACCUCUCCAAGCAGCUGGAUGAAGUGACGCAGGACUCGGAGAUCGUGGAGAUUCGCCAGAAGGAAGCGGAGUGCGAACUGGAGGCGGCCAGGGACCGAGUUCAGCAGCAGGCCACCGAAAUACUGUUGAAAGCCAGUCAGAUAGGCAGCCUGCAGGCUACCCAGAUGACCCAGGAGGCUGCCAUCAGGGACCUGGAGAGUGAGCGUAGCCGGCUGAAGGAUAAGGUGCUCAGGAUGGAGGAGGAGCGGGGCGCCCUGCAGAGUAAGAGCCAGGCCAUGGAGGAGAGGCAGCGACAACAGAUCCAGUCUCUGGAAAAGGUGUGUGUGUGUGCCCUGCGUGAGGAGAAGGCAUCCUAUGAGAAAGAGAUGAACAACGUUCGGGCGCGGUAUGAGGAGGAGGCAGGUCACAUGAAGGAGAGCCAGGUCCGGGCUCUGGAGGAGCUGGCCAAGAAACACAGACUGACCCUGGAGAAUGCUCUUAACAAUGCUGAGAAGGACAAAAACCAUCUACUUUCUGAGCUGGAGCAGCAGUUUGAGAGAGAGCGCCUCUCAUUGGAGGAGCAGAAGGCAUUCCUCAGGCAGCAGUUGGACGAGCUCAGGGAGGAACUGACCUCCAAACUCAACACAGCCAACGAGGAGGUAUGUCGGCUACAAGAGGAGGUGCGUCAAGGGGAGCAGGGUAUCGGUGCAGCCGAGGGACAGAUCUCCACACUAAAGGAGGCGCAGGAUAAAUUGCUAGAGGAGCUUGACGCUACCAGGGCCAGACUUAGAGAGACCAGCAACCUGCUCACUGCUCUGCAGGCUGAGAUGGAGAUCCAGAAGCGACAGCACGAAGCCAAACUCAUCUCCACCAAAGAGGAGGAGAAACUCAAGAUGGACAAAAUGGCCCUUGAGCUGGAGCUCAAAUGGACCGAGACCCUCAGGCAGGAGUGUAAGAAACUGCGUGAGGAGCUGAGAGAGGAGCAUGAGGAGGAGAAGGCAGCAGCAUUGGCCCAGCUGGCACAAAGCAAGGAACAGGAACUGGGCAAUGCCAGGGAGAGCUGGCAGAGGAAAGUGGAGGACCUCCUGGAGCAGAUCUCCUUGUUGAAGCAGAGUCUGGAGAUGCAGCUGUCCCAGUCCCAGUCAUCCCUGCAGCAGCUGCAGCACCAGUUCACCCAGGAGAGGGAGCACCUGCGGCUGCAGCUGGACGAACUCCAAACGGAGCACCAGAGAAGGCAGCAGCGCCUGCAGGAGGCACACUGCUGUGCUAUGCAGGACCUGGAGCACGCCAGGCAGCACAACCUGAAGGAUUUGGAGGAGCGUCUACGCCACCAACACCAUGCCGAGCUCCAGUCCCUGAGAGAGGCCCACAGACAGAGCAUUGAGACACUCAAACAGCAGUCAGAACAGGAGCUGCAAACGCUUCGAUUUGAACUGGAGGAUGAGGGCAAAGCCAUGCUGGCCUCUCUUCGUUCAGAGUUGAACCACAUCCACGCAUCAGCCAUAGAGCACCUGAGACAGACCCACCAACAGGAGAGCACCGCGGCCAAGCUGGAGCUUGAGACAGCCCUGGAGAAUAGCCGGAUACAGGAGCGGGAGUUGUUGGGUCGUAUCUCGGACCUCCAGGAGGAGGUGUCCAGGAGGAAGAACCACAUCGCCCAGCUGGACCACCAGAUCCACACCCUCAACGAGAACAUCAGCACGCUCACCAAGGAGCUCGAGCUCAAGGGCAAGGAGGUGCUCAAAAUCCGCAGCGAAGCGAACCAGCAGAUCAGGGUUCAUGAGCAGGAGCUGACGAAGAAGCAUGAAAGGGAAAUGAUUGAUCUGAGCACUGUCCAUAACAGAGAAACCCAGAAUAUGCUGUCGGACUUCAACAAAGCCCAGGAGCUGCUCAAAGACAAGAUCUCCGCCCUGCAGAUACUGCUGGAGGGGACAGAGGACAAGUUCAGGAACAGAGAGAGCCGCCCCGAGGACCUGCAGGUCAUCGCUGAGCUUAAGGAAAUGGUCACCGAGAGAGAGGCUCUGGUCAAGAAACUGGUGGAUGAUAAGAAGUUUUACCAGUUGGAACUGGUCAACAGGGAGACUAAUUUCAACAAGGUGUUCAACGCCAGCCCCAACGUAGGAGUCAUCAACCCUCUCAUUAAGCAAAAGAGAAAGAAUGAGAAAACGGCAGCCGGCCGAUUCAGCAGCUCUCCUAACCUCAGGGCUUUCGAGGCAGCGGGCGUGGGCAUGAGCGCGGGCGUGGCGGGCACAGGAAGUGGGCAUCAGCCCCAGCUCCCGCAGCCCCCACCCCAGCCUGGCCGUCUUGAGCCCAUCCCCAACUCCCCUCUCCACCACCUCGAGCUCAACUCGAGCAAACCUCUUCCCCCACCGACCCCUCCCAACGAGCCCAAGAAAUUCAUGAGCCCUCCUGAAACGAAGGACUCCCCCAUCAGUUCCCCGGACACGCAGCGCCAGGAGUGGUUUGCCCAGUACUUUUCCUUUUGAACGGCCACAACCCUG